AUGAUGGAUCAAAGAUUGGCUGCACUAGAAAAGAAUUAUAAACAAGUGAAUCGUUCUAUUAAAACGAUCAAUACUCGUCUUGAUGCUGUUGAAAUAUUUGCUGAUACUCGUUUCAAUACGAUUGAUACUCGUAUUAAAGCGAAUGAAAUGCAUCUGAAUAAAACUACAAAAUUUUUCCAAAAGCGAUUAGAUAACUUAGAUGUUCGAUUGAAUCAACUGUGUGAUAACGUUGAUGCCAUUCUCAUGAUGUUAAAACAAGCUGAAGUUAAAAAUAAAAAUAUCAAAUCAAUGUGA